AUGAAUGAAGGUGAUCUUAAUAGUAGUAAUAUGGCCUCUCAUCAUUCGGAGUUGAGAGAGCAAGAUAGGUGGCUCCCAAUAAACAAUGUGUCGAGAUUGAUGAAAAACACACUGCCACCAACUGCAAAGGUCUCAAAGGACGCUAAAGAAUGCAUGCAAGAAUGUGUCAGUGAGUUCAUAUCUUUUGUAACGAGCGAGGCAAGUGACAGGUGCGCUGCUGACAAGAGAAAGACCAUAAAUGGUGAGGACAUUUUGGUAUCUUUACAUGCUCUCGGUUUUGAGAACUAUGCAGAAGUAUUGAAGAUAUACUUAGCCAAAUACAGACAGCAGCAGGCAUUGAGAAAUCAACAACAGCAACCGAGUGAGAGCGACGGGAGUGAAAGUAACGAAUAG